AUGGUUGCCAAGAGUAAGGAUAAUGUCGAGUAUGAUGAUGAAGAAGUCGAUAAUAUUCUAGAUGCUGUCUACAGUGCCAUUAUGGUUGAUGCCAUUGUUGUUGUUCUUGUUGUUGUCUGUUAUGAUGCGGAUGAUAAUAAUCUCGAGUUUUUCACCAAGGCUUUGAAAGGUAUCAAUGUUAAAGUCUUGAUUCCCGCAAUCGGAUCCGGUGCUGGUGUUGCCCCGGCUGCUGCUGCUUCCCCAGCUGCUGAGGCCAAGAAAAAAGAAGACAAGAAGGAAGAAGAACCCAAAGAGUCCGAUGGCAAUUCGGGCUUUACUGUCUUCGAAUAA